AUGUCAACAUCAUCGAUCAUAACAACACGAAAAACACGUUCAACAUGUGUUAUAUCAAAUUCUAUGGAUGUUUCAAAUAUCCACGAUGAUUUUCAUACAAAUCUUCAUUCACCCGUACAAUUUACUCAUAUAUACAAUCAAUAUUAUCAGUCUCUAACAAAUCGAUCAACAUUAUUUAAUAUUCUUUGUCAUAUAUUAACAAUAGAAAAUGUUGAUAGAAAAAUUUGUUUAUUUAUUCUUGAUUGUUUAAUAACAAAUUAUGAUUAUUUAUCUGAUAUACAAUUUAAACAAGAUUUAUUACCAUUUAUUAAACAAAUAUUUCUAACAAAGGAUAAUAAUAAUAAUAAUGAGAUAUUAUUAUCAAUAAUACGUUUAUUUAUUGUACUUGUUGAAUAUCGAUCAAAUAUUCUAAUAUUAACCUUAGUUGAAUGGUUAUUAUGUUUAUUAAAUUUUAUUGCAACACAUAUUACAUCAACAACAUAUUUAAUAUAUGGUGAUUUAAUUAUUGAUUUACUUUCAAAAAUAAUUAAACAAUAUACACCAUUAUCAAAAGAAAUUGUUGAAAUUCUUAGUCGAACAUCAACAUCAUUAAUUAUUUCAAUAAAUUUUCUUCAUCAAUUAAAAUUAUGGAUACAAAAUAUAGAUGAUGUACGAUUAGCUUUAUUUACUAUUCAUUUAUGGGAAUCAUUAGCUAUUCUUCUUAGUCGAUUGAUAAUACGUGGUCAUACAAAAGGAAAUGAAAUUUUAGCUAUUAUUGAAGAUGCUUUUAUUGUUUCAAAUUAUUCAAUUCGUAGUGCCGCAUUUACAACAUGGUCAUCAUUUAUGUUACAUAUUCAUAAAUUUGAUGAUGUUGAUACUCAACAAUUAAAUAAUCGUUUAUUAAAAUUAUUUUUAACACCAUUUUUAUCUGAUUCAACAUCAAAAAGUAAAUCAGCAUCAAUAUCAAAAUGUCAUGCAUGGAUAACACUUAUUUCAAUCUAUCCAAAAAAUAUCAAUGAUAUUAUAUUACCAUUUCUUUCAUUUGCAUUUGGUAAUCAUAUAUCAUCAAAAAUAAAUUCAACAACAACAGCAUGGUGGUCAGAAUGUCGUCAAAUAGGUGCAAAAUUUCUAUAUGAUUUUUUAAUUAAAAAUAUUCAUUGUGAAUAUAUUUUAACUAUAGCUGGUGAUCAAAUACUUAAUUAUUUAUUUGAUUCUAUUGUUGAUCAAUUAUUAGAAUAUAAAAUAAAUUCAAUAAAAAUUGAUGAUAAUUCAUUAUGGUUAAUUAGUUGGAAUACAUAUUUAAAUCAUUUAAUAAAUAUAUUUAAAACAAAUAAUUUAAUUCAUGAAAAACAACGUGUUACAAUAAAUACUUGUUUAUUAACACGUAUUGAACAAUUAUGGAUUGAUUCAAGAAUUGAAACUCGAUUUCUUUUAAAAUUAUUUGAAACAUUUGAACAAAUUGGAUUUCCAUUAGCAAUUGAAACUGUUUCACGUGAUUCAAAUAUACGUACAAAAACAUUAUCAGCUGCACAAAUGCAUCCUUCAUCAAAUAAUCAUAAAUCACAAGAUAAAUCUAUGUCGUAUUGUACAACAUUAUCAGAUCAAUAUCUUCAUAUGAUGUUAGAACAUGCUAUAAGAUUUAAUGAUGAAGAUCAAAUAAUUGAAGAUGCAUAUCUUCAUGUUAUAUCUUAUUUAAUUGAUACAUUAUCAAAAACUUCUGAUGAAAAUUUUUGUUAUCAAACAAGUUCAUUAUUACUUAAAUGUUCAGUUGAAUUAUUACAUCAACCUAUAACAAUACCAUAUUUAUUUUGGCAUAUAUGGUUUCGUUGUUCAACACAUUUAAUUAAUAUUCUUAAUCGUUCAUUAACAUUUGAAUUAAAUAAUCAAAUUGAUAAACAAAAACAAGAAACAUCUAUUGAAUUAUUAUUACGUCCAUUGAAUUUUAAUGAUAUACAACGUCUUGAUUAUUCAUAUACAUUAUUAUGGAUACAAUUAUUUAAAGCAUUAUGUCGUUUAACAUUAAUUAAUAAUGAUCAAUCAAAAAGUUUUUUAAUAAAUUUACUUGUUGAAAUACUUCGUAAUGAACCAAUCUUUGAACAAGCUAUUUAUGAUCAACAUAAUCAACGUUUAUUUGGUUUUAUAUUAAUUAUAAUAAAAACAAUAUUAAAAACAUUAUCAGAUAUUGAUUUAUCAGUUAUAUUUGAUCGAUCAAAUAAUAAUAAUAAUAAUAAUAAUAAUUUUGUUUAUUUAUUAUCAACAACUACACAAAAACGUUCAAUAUCAUUAUCAUCAAUAGUACUUUGUUUAACACAAAUAUCAAUUAUAAUAAAUCAUAUUUUACAACGUUUAAUAUCAAAUAAUGAAAAUAAUAUACAAUAUAUAUAUGUUAGUUAUUGUUUAUUAAAAUCAAAUAAAAAUUCAUCAAAUGAACAAACUAAAUCUAUUGUAUUUACAUAUAUACGUGAUAUUAUUGUUGAUUUAUUAAAUUUAUGUAAAAUAUAUUCACAUGUUGAAAUUAUUUUUCAAAAUUUAACACAACUUAUAUCAUUUCUUCAUUUAUAUGAACAAACAAUAAAUAUAAAUUUAGCAAUUGGUUCAUCACCUAAACAACAAAUAGAUAAUAUUAUUUUAAAUAAAAUUUUAACAAUUAUAUCUUUAGUAUUUGAACCAUCAAAUAGUUCAUCAUUACUUCAACUUAUUUAUCCAUUAUUAAUACUUGCUUUUCAACAUAAUAAAACAAUUAUAAGAAAUAAAACUAGAAAAUGUUGGAAUGAAACAUUUGGACGAUUAAAAUUUAUUGUCUAUCCAAAUGAACUUAGAAUGUGUCUUCGUGAAUUAAAAGAUAAAGAACAUUUAUUAUUACCAUGUUUUCUUGCCGAUCAUGAUAAUAGUAAUACAGCUGGUAGUGGACCAGCACCAAGUAGUAAUGAUGAAAGUCAAUUAUCUCAACAAAUUGAUAUUGUUACUCCAUUAAUUCCAGCAACUAUAAAUAAUCAACAAUUAUCUAAACCAUCAUCACCAGCACGUUUUCAAUCUCCAUUAUUACCAUCGAUUCGUUCACUAAAUAAUGAUAAAAAUGAACCAAUAUUUGUUCCAAUAAUCAAUAAUAUUAAUCAUAAUAAUCAAUCUGAUACACCAGUUAUUAUUAGUAAACGUACAUCAUCAACAAGUAGUUGUUUAACAGAAAAACAAAAAGAAAAACUACGUAAACGUCAAAUAAUACCAUUAUUUUGUGAUGAUAUGGGUAAUACACAAUCAAAUUCAUGUACAAUUGAUACACCAACUAUUGAAACGAUGAUGACAAAUGAUCAACUUCGUAAUGAAAAUAAACAAAUGACAACAACAACAACAACAACAACAAAUGUAUGUCUUUUUAAACAAACGAUAUCAAAUAUAACACAAGAAAAUAAUUCAAUAAAAGAAUUUAUAAUAAAAUCAUCAAAUGAAAUAGAAAAAUCUAUUGAAGAUAUUCCAGAAGAAUCAUUAAUUACAAAAAAAUUACGUCGUUCAUGUCGUCCAUCAUUAUCAGCAAGAAAAAGUUUAAUUAAUAAUACAAAAAAAAAACAUAUACAUUCAUUAACAAAUGAAUUAAUUAAAACAACAAAUAUAAAUGAAAUACAAAUUGAACAAAUAAAAAAAUAUCCAAUUAAAAGUAUUCUUAAACGUUUAUCACCAACAAAACCACGACAAGAUCAUAAACGUCAUGUUGUUUUUCAUGAUCAAGUUAAAGUUUUAGUAUUUGCAUCACCAUUACGUCGUGAUUUAAAUAUACAACAAAAAAAAAAAAGUCCAAAUAAAGAUGAAAUAAAAUCUCCAACAAGAACUAUAUCAAAAGAAAAUCUUCCAUUAAGAAAACAAUUAAUAACAACUCGACAUUUAAAUACAAUAAAUAAUACUGAACAAAUAAUUAUAUCAUCAUCAUCAAAUAAUUCUAAUAAAAUACGUUCAUCAAAAUUAUUUCAUCCAAAUGAUGCUAUAGCUGAUUGGACACAAAAUCAUCAUAUACAUGAGGUACCUCUUAAUUCCAAUGAAAAAGAUUCGUCUAUAUCAAUUGAAAACAAUAUUAAUGAUGCUAUUUUUCCAAAUUUAAUUAAUUGUGAUAAAUCGAUAGAUAUAUUAAUUAAUCUUUUAUAUGAUGAUCAAUGUCCUCCAAAUACUAUUGAUUAUUUUCAUUCAAAUAAUAUACAUACUAUUGGUAAUAUCGCACAAUUAACACCUAAUCAAAUUGAAACUUAUCCAAUUCCAUUACCAAAAUUAGCUAAUAUUCAAAAAGUACUUUCUUUAUAUGAAGAACAACUAAUAAAAUCUUCAUGUAUAUCAUCAAAAAUUGAUAAUAUGAAUGAAUCUCUUAGUACAUCCAAAGAAAUAAUUCCAAAUAAUGAAAAUCUAUCUACAAUGGAAAUAUCUUCAACAUCCAUAGCAAUGACAACAAAUCAACAUGAUAAAUUGUAUGAUGUUGAUACAUUAAUUGAUAGUCUUGAUUAUGAAAAAUUUCAUUUAAAUGAUAAAAUAUCAUCACCAAUAAAUUUUCUACGUAAAAAAAAUCAUAUGUCUUUAAUUGAUCGACAACAAUUAAAUUUAUCACAAAAAUCUAAUUUAACAUUAAUAAAUCAAAACAAUGAAAAUGAAGAAAAUAAUUUACAAUCAUUAAAAAUCGAAAUUGUAUCAAAUAUAACACUUGGUGAUCGUUUACAAAAAGCAGCUGAUAUAUAUAAAACAAAAGGUUUACUUCCAUUUGAUAAUGAUUAUAUUGAAUUAAUUUGUCAAUUAUUUAAUAAUUCAUCAUUAACACAUCUUGAACAAUUACAUUUAAAAACUUUAUUUCUUAAUCAAUAA